AACAUCUCGUACAGAUACGCGGGGCUCGGGGAAACUUUCCAAAUUCACUAAUCACCGACCAGAAUAUAUAUAUAUUUUAAAUCAUGGGGUUUGACUUGGAUCGGUUUGCAGAAGACGUGGACUCUGACUUAAAAUGCAAACUGUGCGCAAAAGUUCUGGAGGAGCCGCUGUCCACCCCGUGCGGACACGUUUUCUGUGCUGGCUGUUUGCUACCUUGGGCGGUACAGCAGAGACUCUGCCCGCUGCAGUGUCAGUCCAUCUCUGCUAAGGAACUUCACCAGGUCCUUCCACUGAAAAAUCUCAUCCAGAAGCUGGACACCAGAUGUGAUUAUCAUGCCAGGGGCUGUGCAAAGACAGUCAAACUGCAGGAAUUGAGAGAUCAUGUAGAAAUGUGUGAUUACAGUCCAGCCCAGUGCAGGAAUAAGGGCUGCAAAGAGGUGCUCAAUUUAAGAGACAUGGACUCUCACAUGAGGGAAAGCUGCGAUUACAGACCCGUAGGAAUCUGUCAGAAAGGGUGCGGAUUGGUACUGCUCCAUAAGGACCUGAUCCAGGGAAAUCACUGCUGCCUCCGGGCACUGAGAGCCCAGAAUGGGGCGCUACAGGUAAAAAUGUCCAGCUUGGAGCAAGACACGAAGAAGCAGACUGUCAAAUGGAGCAAACGAGAAAAAUCGUUGCUGGCUCAGGUAUCAGCACUUCAAAAUGAAGUGCAACUCACUGCUCUGAGGUACCAGAAGAAAUUUAACCAGUACAUGAUCCACAUCAACAACAUUACUAAAUAUGUUGCAAGCCACUGCAAGGGAGGAGAACAAAAAACACUUAAUAUAGUUCUUCACAGAGAAAGUGACAGUCUGGGAUUCAACAUCAUUGGAGGAAGACCGUGCCAGAAUCAAGAAGAUUCUACUGCCGAAGGAAUUUAUAUUUCAAAAAUCUUGAAAAAUGGCUCAGCGGACAGAGCAGAUGGACUUCAAGUUCACGACAGGAUUGUGGAGGUCAAUGGGAGGGAUCUGUUGAAGGCCACGCAUGAGGAAGCAGUAGAAGCCUUUCGCAGUGCCAAGGAACCAAUUGUAGUUCAAGUUUUAAGAAGAACUCCCAUCACAAAGAAUCAUGGGACAUCUCAGGAAAUCCAUCUGGUGGAUGUUUGCACUCAGACAGACAUUACUUUUGAACACAUUAUGGCUCUCUCCAAGUUAAGGCCAUCAACUCCUCCCGUACCUGACAUCUGCCCUUUCCUGCUCUCUGACAGUUGUCACUCACUACAUCCAAUGGAGCAUGAAUAUUAUGAAGGAAACGAGUUUCUCUCGAGCAUGCCUGCUGAUGCAGACCGGACAGAGGAGUUUGAGUAUGAGGAAGUUGAACUGUGUCGUGUCAACAGCCAGGAAAAGCUUGGAUUUACCUUGUGCUAUAGGACUGAUGAUGAUGAGGAUAUGAGCAUCUAUGUCAGUGAGGUUGGCCCAAACAGCAUUGCUGCCAGAGAUGGUCGUAUCAAAGAAGGGGAUCGAAUUUUACAGAUAAAUGGUCAUGACGUCCAGAAUCGCGAGGAAGCAGUGGCAUUACUCUCAAGUGAAGACUGCCGAAAUAUUGUGCUGCUGGUUGCCAGACCAGAAAUACAGCUGGACGAAGGCUGGCUGGAUGAUGAGAGAAAUGAAUUCUUAGAAGAGCUGAAAAUGGAGAUGUUGGAGGAACAACACCACGAAGCAAUGCAGUAUACAGCCAGUGAGCUGGAGCAGCCAAAGAAAAGUGAGGAAGAUGGUGGAACGACAGACACGGCCACCACCUCAUCCAACACCCAGGAGAAGGACAGCGGGGUGGGCCGCACCGAUGACAGUGUGCGCAACGAUGAGAGCUCUGAGCAGGAGAACCUGGGGGACAGCCAAAAGCAAGUUUCGCUGCAGGACAAACGAGAGCUGGGCCAGAGUCAGGACACGCUGGUGAGCAAUGAGAUGCCGUGUAACGAGAGCUGUGUGUCUGGUGAAUAUAUCGACUCGGACUGCACUGCAGCCCAGGACGAGGACUGCGAGAGGUUCCGCCAGCUGCUGAAGCUCAAAUGCAAGAUAAGAAACAGCGGCGAGUAUGACCUUUACUACAGCCGCAGCAGUACCAUCGAAUGCAACCUCAAGGAACCAAAUGGGGUAGAACGGGAGCUACAGCUGCUCAACGAAGAGCUCCGUAACAUUGAGCUGGAGUGCCAGAAUAUCAUGCAGGCUCACAAGCGUCAAAAUGCAAGGGAUCAAUAUGCUGAUGUCUGGUCAAUCGAAGAGGAAGGCUAUCGAGAUUAUAACACCAGUGAUGACUUGCAGAGAGCUAAGCUAGCGGAUAUCAUAGAGCAUCCAGAAAAAUCGGACAAGGACAGCUCCAGUGCGUACAACACAGCAGAGAGCUGUCGCAGUACGCCACUGACAGUGGGCCACUCACCAGAUAACUCUUUGCAGCGAAUGAUCAACAUUACGAACAAGAAGAAUCUGAGGAGUACCAUUGCAGCAAACCAAAUGACUGCCAGACAAGACAGCAAAGAGGCAUGUCUGGCUAAAACUAAAAGUUCAGACAGUUCAGCAGAGCAGCAGGAUAAUGCGCCUGAAAGCAAUAAACUUACUGAGCAUGAGAGGUCCAGUAUUCCACAGAUUCCAUAUCUUUCACCAUGCCACAGUUCCCAGUACAGACAUACCAAUAUACCCACUCACGCCAGGCACUACCAGAGCUACAUGCAUCUCAUCCAGCAGAAGUCUGCCGUGGAGUACGCCCAGAGCCAGCUUAGCCUUGUGAGCAUGUGCAAAGACUUGCAGAAGUUUGCAGAGCCUAAAAUGGAGUGGAAGGUCAAAGUCCGUAGUGACGGGACGAGAUACAUCACAAAGAGGCCAGUGAGGGACAAAAUUCUGAAAGAGCGUGCCUUGAAGAUCAAAGAGGAGCGCAGCGGAAUGACGACAGAUGACGACACAAUGAGCGAGAUGAAGAUGGGCAGGUACUGGAGCAAGGAGGAGAGGAAGCAGCACUUGAUGAGGGCCAAAGAGCAGAGGAGACGGCGGGAGUUCAUGAUGCGCAGCAGACUGGAAUGCCUCAAGGAAAGCCCUCAAAGUGGCAGCGAAGGGAAAAAGGAAAUAAACAUUAUUGAACUGAGCCACAAAAAGAUGAUGAAAAAGCGAAAUAAGAAAAUCUUGGACAAUUGGAUGACAAUCCAAGAACUGAUGACCCAUGGGGCCAAGUCUCCCGAGGACCCACAAGUACACAAUGCCUUCUUGUCUGUUACUACUGUAUAAUAUGGACUCUACCAAAUUCGGUAAAAUUUAAUUGCCUCGUUCAAUGUGGCAUUUUUUAAAAAGUUUUUCACAGUUUAUAACCUGAAUACUUUUUGUAAACAUUUUUUUUUAAACUUUGUUUUCAUGUUUCUUUUUCCUUCAGCUUAAUUGGUUUCCUUAUUGUUUUAAAACUUAGUUUUUAUUUGUUUUAGUUUAGUUUUUUUUUUUAAAUAGACCCACUACUAAUUCAAUUUACUACUUAAAAAAAAUCUAACAAUAAGCCAAGCACAAGCAGUAAUAGAAUUUAAUGGAAGUUUGAGACUAGUUCAUGAAAGUUAAUCUUAACUAAUCAGAAAAUCUAAAUAAACCACCUAGAUUUCGUUAUAUUUGCCUUGGGACCUUAAUAUUUUAAAAAGUCUAUCCACUGGUCAGGCAAUAGCGCCUCAGCCUAUCAUCUUUAUGCAUAUUAUAUGCCUCAAUAAAUUAAAAUUUGAAUUCAGUUGUGGGGUUUGUCUGAAAUACUGAAACACAAAAAACACAGAAUUAUGUAAAGCUUUAAACAUCCAUAUGUAUAAAUAUUCUGCAACAGUUUCCUACUGGAUUGUAUGUAAUAUAACUUAUUGUUUUUUUUAUAUUUUGUAAUCGACCCAAAGGAGGUUCCUUUGUAUUGUAUGGGCUGUAUGUAUAAAAGUAUUUGUUUGUAAAUACCUCUUUUCGUGGUACGUACAUGUUUCAUUUAGGAUUCAGAGAUGUAUAAAUGAUGUUCACUGUUUUGUAUUGUCUUUGUCGUUGUGUAUGCUCAGUCAACAACAGUUAUACUUUCAUGUCCGUUAGUUCUUCAGUUAACCUUGCGUGUGGUUCAGGGGACAGGAGCUAGUGCACCUCCCCCGUUCUGUCCCGCCAAAAUAUCAUCAAUCUCCCAAUUUAAACCCCCAAGUCACACCUUUAUUCUCUGUCUUGGGUUUUUCAUUUCCACCAUUCUUACUCCUCCACUAUACUGCUCUACCUCUGCAAUGGUCUCCCUCUGGAGGAACUGAAGCUCACUUCCCAACCUUAGAGGCCCAGGCACUGGCCUCAUCCUCCGCCAGGAAGAUUCUCUGUGAACCAGAGGAGACCCCUGGCCAAAUCUAUCCAAACUAACACUUUUGUUUUCCAGUUCUCUGCCUACUGUAGAUUUCCCAUGGGGGAAAUAAUGCUUGCUUCCCAACCUUAGAGGCCAGUCGGUUCAGUCUCACCCCUGCGACGGUGGCUCUUCGCGAGCCAAGGGGAAACCCUGUCCUCUUUUCUAAGUCACAAAGCACUUCUCUCUUAUUACAAUUCCUGAGGUUCCAUCUCCACAUAGCCCUUGAUUGUGUCCUGUGAAACUUAAGUUGGAUGUAUAAACUUCCAUCUUUUCAUAUCUUUGUAUGCAGCCAAAUUAUUUACGCUUCCUCCAUUAUUACGUUUAACUAUGUUACUUCCAGAUCAGAGUUUUUUUUAUUUUUUAUUAUUGUUAUUUGUAUAUUUUAGGCUUAUAUGACUGUAUGUGUGGGCUAUUAUUCUCUCCCAGCAACUAAUAAUGAGGGCUUGUGUGGCCAAGAUUCCUAUCAACAGGCAGAGACAAAGACAGCUGAGAGUAUUUAAACCCUGAAAUAUGUCGGGACAUUUGGAUACUCAAGCCCCCAUUGACAAAGUAGCACUCAAUCCCUUACACCCCAACAUUCCAACUUUCAAAAAUGACAGAGACAUACAUGUGCACCUACACGGUAUAAAAAAUAAAAACAAACAUACAGUAUUCACACAUAUGGUCCUAUUUAUUAUUAUUAUUAUUUAUUUAUUAGCAGACACCCUUAUCCUGGGCAACUUACAAUUGCUACAAGAUAUCACAUUAUUUUUACAUACAAUUAAAUUAUUUUUUACACAUUAUUUUUUACAUACAAUUACCCAUUUAUACAGUUGGGUUUUUACUGGAGCAAUCUAGGUAAAGUACCUUGCUCAAGGGUACAGCAGCAGUGUCCCCAUCCACCCACAACCCUCCGGUCAAGAAUCCAGAGCCCUAACCACUACUCCACACUGCUGCCCAUGAUUAUAUACAUGGUAAGUGGGAGCAUCAAGCAUCAAUGCUUGAUGCUCCCACUUAAAUGCAUUCAAGGUCCCAAGCAGCAAAAAACAUAUGCCAUGGCAUUUGUUAUAAGGCGAUAAAAUACAAAACUUGGAAGCUAAGUUGUACUUGAAUACGAAAAUGGUCACUUGUUGAUCACAUACCUCAAUUUGACCUCACAUAAUAUAUGCUAAUGAAGGACGCUGUUGUAUAAUGAACCUCCAUAUUGCUCUUUUAUUGUUUAUUCUCAACUUCUUACAGCGGCCGCUGCUGCUGAAUCAAGACAGGUUUACAUAUCACAGAUAAGUUAAAAACUCCAUGAUGCAAACAACCUUUAUAAAUACAGCCCUUUGUUUUUAAAUAGAAUGCCAAAACCAUACCUUGCAUACUGUCCUAUAUACUAACAUUCAGCAAAAUGGUGCUUGAAGUGUUCUCUGCUAAGAGUAUAAACUGUUUCAUACACUUUUCUAAUAGCCCCCCCCCCCCCCCCCCCCAAUAACAUAUUGUACAUUACAACUGUAAAUUGAAACUGUAUUAGUCCCAGUCAAGUGUAGGUGGACAAUUUUUCAAUAAUGUGUAUUAGAACUGAUCAUGUAGUCAGGUAAAUAUGUGGUUAUUGUGAAAAUAAAAAUAAAUUAUUGUUUACCGUCAAAGAAAACCUACAGCCAUUUCACAACUUUUCUUCACUGUUUUUUGUUCCUAACAGAUAUAACGGUUAUGUACUAAACAUUCUUACAAGUGUCUUUUAAUGUCUUGCCAAGAUACUGGUUCCAGAUACAGUAAUACCAGCUAGCCAGCUAUUUUUUGCUAUUUUUACAUUAGCAUUGGCUAGAAAUAGAUCCUGGAAAGAUCCUGGCAGAGCAGUGAAAUUAAUCAAUACUUGAAAUUCAAUAGAUUUGAUUUUGUUUUGUUUUCAAAUGAGGUUAAUAACAACGUAAAUCACUGUACCUACUACAAUAGAACAUUUGACUUUUUUACUUUGUCCAGAUAAGAAAGGACCAGUUAGUGUUGUCUUGCAUUACUAAAAACUCAAAAUCCCUAUCACAGCAAUUAAUGAAGACAUUAUAAAGUGUUAAACACCUUUUCAAGUGCUAGUGACUAUAGAAAAUAUAAAAGACACAGAUUGGUUUAUAACAGAUAUUCACAGGGAUGACAAGGUUUUUGUUACAUAUUCAGUUGAUUUUAACUGGCAAUCUGCAGACUUUUUUUCUUUUCUUUUUUUGUUAAAUCUAAUGUUAUGAAAUAAAAUAAAUAUAUGACCAAAAAACAGGUUCAAAUUCACUGUGCAUUCACCCCAGUUCCAAUUUUUAAGCAUUUGCAUUCCAGAAAUAUUGCUGUCUUUCAUUAUUGUAGUUUAUGGAAGAUUAUUGCAGAAUGUGCCCAGCUC